UGUGAGCGAUCUACCCGUCUCCAUAUAAUCGGCGCCGUCGCCCGCUUGGCGCGAAAAUCUGGCUAGUAAUGAGCGACUCUUGCUUCAAGCCUGCUCUCUUCUUUUUUUAAAUUGGGUUUCCUGUGAUACAAGAGCGCGCGCUUUUCUUAGCGCAUCUACGUAAACACGCACUAUGACGUUAAUCUCAUAGUUCCCCCAGGAAUCUUUUCUGUUAGGAAUUGUUUUUAAUGCUUUUCAAUUUAAAAAUUCUUUGGAAGAUCAUCACAAUGUGCGGUUCGUUACUUUCAAAGUGUCUUUCGACAAAUAACAAGAUUGCUCCCCUCGGCGUCAGUGAUUUUGAUACUGAGUUACUAAAAACGGCACGUAGUUUGAUCUCCGCUAAGCGUGGAGGCGUCAAAGGUAGCGUUACGCCAGAGAUGAGCGCGUUUGUGUCCAAUUGCAAUGCGGCAGCCUAUGAUCUCAUUCUCGACGGCAAACAGACAGCAGACGGAGGACACGCCAAAGUCCCGAGAAGACUUGCUAAGAUCGAAGCGGCGCCUACACUUACCAUGGAAAUGCUACUCGAAAAACAAGCGCAAGUGGAGAAUAAUAGGAUAAGGCAGCUUGAAAAGAAAAAGAAGAAAGCCUCCGCAAGGUAUAGAUCUUCUGAUGCCAGUCACAGACGUGCUUCCAGAUCCAACAAGCUGCGUGAGGCGCUAGAGAUGGCCGACAAGCUCGCUAAGGAGAAGAGCGCUAGAGCCGCCGAGAACAGGGAUAAGCACUUGGCGGACGUCAAGAGCAAGGCUAGUCGCUUGGCGGGGAGCUCCCAGCAAGAGGUUGUGAAGAGUGAGGCGUGCGCCAAGGCGGAGCUGCGGCAGCGAGAGAUUCAGAUGAAGAGGAAGAUGGUGGAGAUGAACAAAGCGAAGGCAGCGGAGGAGGCGCGCGAAAAGCUUAGGCUGCGACGUGAGCGCGAACAGCUUGUGAAGGACCGCGCCAAUGCCCUAAAGGACGCAGACAUGUACGUGGGUUUGCGCAUCCUCGAGGGACUGGAGACGAGUGACGACUACUGCGUCUCAGAGGAUGACGAGUGGGAGACUGGGCCCCAGACGGACGAUGGGAAUGACGAGGAAUUCUGGGGUUAACCGCUGAUUCGCGUGGCCUUCAACAUACUCAGAUUCACAAAGCUGAUUGUCACUCGGAAACGCAACACCUUUAUAGCUAAUUUGUAAAUAUUUACUCAAAAGCAAAUUGUUUAUUAUACAGAAUAGAGAAAGAAAUAAAGAAUCUUGUAUUAUUUUGAA